ACUUCCAAAGCAGCUGCAGAGCGAGAAAAAGUAAGUUUUUCAUCUUUAAUUCCUGCUAAAUCAUCGACGUUGCUUAACAAUGAGGCUGCUUUAGUUCUUAAUAGUGUGCAAUCCAUGAAACACCGGAGUUGUGUCACGUUCGUUCGUCUUUCUGGAGAAGUUUCCUCCUUCGUUUCUUCUUCUUCUCUCCGCCUUCCUCCGUCCACUCCCCCGAAACUUUAAGAAAUUCACCUGCCGCCUGGAAGAAGGAAAAGUCACAGAGACGAAGCAGAGAAGGACCAAACUUUUCGGUUCCGACGAUGUGAACUUUCCGAGUUUAUUGUUUUAUUUCAGUUUUUUGUUGCCUUUAUUUUAAACCGCAGCUGAGACGUUUACGGCCCGUCGACACUGCGGGAUUUCUGAACAUUUAAAGUUAGAACAGCCACUUCCGCGUUUGGAUUUUCUUGCUUGUUUCUGAUAGCAGCAUGGACACCGAGCUGCAAGUUAUUAAAUCAUAUGUGGACGACGAAGCUGCAAAUUCUUCUAAUGAACGGCUUCUGAUGUUUCAUGGACAAAACAAGAAGAUGAAGAACAGAGAAAGUGAUCAAGAUGCUCAUCAAAAAUAGAAAUAAUCUCAAACCGCAGCUCUAUGUCACCAACAUCAUCAGCAUUUUGCAAAGUGAAAGAAUCCACCCACCACCCUGAGAUGACUUAUUCUAUUCCAGGAAAGGAAGGAAAAGGAUGAAUGCCCCCUGUGGUUUUGUGUUUUGUCAGAUCAACGGAGGUAAUGGGGAAGUGAUGCCUGUUGCAGCAGAAGGUCAAACUAAUGUGGGAAACACAAACUGUCUUCAAGAGGUGACAGUAAAUAAUGGUGAACAUGUGGCCAAUAGGAAUCCUGAAGCAACAGAAACGGAUGCUUUGGUUCAUGUGCAGAUCAACGGCGCUAAUGGGGAAGCGAUGCAUGUUGACCAUGCAGCAGAAGGUCAAAGGAAUGUGGGAAACACAAACUCUGCUCGAGAGAAUGGCUCCGUCUGUAGAGUAAAGAAGGAGCUGAAUGAGGUCCUCUUCUGGAAAGUCAAACUGUGGAUGAUUAUCAUCUUGCUCUUUGUCCUCAUCGCUGUUGUGAUUGUAAUUUCCUUGGCUGUGUGCUCAGCGAUCCAUGAGGACGUGGAUGACAAGUUUGACCCUUCAUUGUUUAAAAUUCCACACUAUUUCAAUGGGAGCUUCCAGUUGCCAAAUCAGGUCUUCCAAGAGGAGCUUUUAAACCUUCACUCCAACACAAGCCAAACACUCGCUGCAGAUCUUCAAAACAAGAUGGCUGACCUCUACAGAUCCUCUCCUGCUCUAGGGCGAUACUUCACCAAAGCUGAAAUACUUGCUUUCAGGAAUGGUUCAGUCAUCGCUGACUACAAGCUGACGUUUCUGUUGCCUGAAGAGCAGCAGGAUCAGCUGAGAAACUUCACUCUGAGCAGGGAGAUGGUUUACAACGUGUUUCGACAGUUUCUUUAUGACCAGGAGCCUGAUGAGUCAGCUGAGUCGGGGCCCAUGUACAUCGAUCCUGUUUCCCUAAAAAUGUUCUCAGCACAGUGAUGAUGAGAUUCAGAAAACCACCAUGUCCUGGUUUGUUUGUUAUUGAUGUGAGACGUUGACCAAGUCCUAAACCUCCAGUGAGUUGAAUGAUGCUGCAUAUGACUUGCGUGCAGUUUUCUCAUGAGUAUGAAUGUGGUGCGUCUUUUACCACAGGAAGCUAAAGUUGCGCAAACACGAUGUACAUCUGUCAUGUGGAUGACCGCAUUGUGUGUUAUGUGUGCAGGACUUAUCAGGUUAAAAGGGCACCUGUCUCCCGUCGAACUAAGUGGCUUAAUCCACAAGAGAACGACAACAAAAUUUAGAGCUUCUACGGGUUUUAAAAAACUGCUUUUUAUUUUUCCAUUUGAGAUUUUAUUGUGUAUAUUUGUGCAAGAGUAUUGAUUUAAAUGUCACUGCUGUUAUUUUUUAUAUUCCUUCCCUCGCUUAUCACUGUGAUUUCAUGUAUGACCGUUUGUACAGGAGGAAAAAAAAGCUGCUGUGAAGUGUUUUCUUAAUUUUCUUAAUGCAAAUGUUUCAAUUUGCAUAUCUGUGCCACUAUUUUGCGUCAUCCCGCUUGAUUUGUAAACCGGAACUGGAACGCAGCUGACACAUUUGCCUAGACAGCAACAAACACUACAGGAUAAUCAGCUUUAGUGCAGGAAGGUCAGUCUCACGCAUUCAUCUUUAAAUGCAGGCCCAUAUAAACUAUGGUGUCUAUACACAAAUAAUUCCUGCUUUGUGUAUUUUAUCACCAGCUGCAACACAUUUUACAUUUCUGUAUGGUUUUAUUUGCAAUAUAUAUACUGUAGUGAUUGUCCUCAUUGACCUCCUGUGUUCACACGGUUGAACAGUAGAGGGAGUCCAUGUCACACAUGCAACUAACAGUUCCUUUGUUUUUUUUCUCUGUGCCUUGCUUGCUUUUUGUGGCUCUUUUUGCAGAGAACAAUCCAGAGUUUGCAUAGAUUUUUUUUCCCGCUUAAGUACAACAGGCAGCAAGUUGUUGCAGUUAAUUAGAAUGGUGGCGCAUCAUUCACACAUUUUUAUCAAAUAGAACUCAGUCCUUACGUCAGAUUUCAUUCUGUUUUCUGGCAGUCUUCAUGUCAACAUGUCGGCCAUCUAAUGAGAUUACAGCUGUGAUUAAUGUGGAUGCCAAAUUGUCUGGACAUGAACAGUCAUUCUUCCACAGCCUGGUCAUUAGUCCUUUCUUCACCUGGUGGCAGUCUACAAGAUUUAUUUCUCAAAUAGAGGACAUUAUCUGUCUGAGCAUAAAAGUUAUUACAGUCGUUCUUUGACAGGUUAACUAGUUUAUUAUCCUUUUUACAACUGACAUCAAGAUCACAAUUCAUGUGGUGUAAACACAUGAGGUUGGUGUGGAAAUUCUACUUACAUUGCAGUACUUAUCUUUCAGAUAACAGCACACAUAAAAACAUUGCCUGCCUGGUUUUAGUAUUUUUUAUUUCACUGAAAGACAAGAUUAAUUGAGGACUUCAUGUUGUUGUAAUAUUGACUAUUCUGUUAUUUAUUUGUAUUGUGGUUGUGGUCGCUUCUUUCUGCUUGCUACUGUAACAGCUAAAUUUUCCUCUCGAGGAUCAACAAAGUAUUUCUAUUCUAUUCUGAAAAUACACAAUUUGAUGAAAAAGGAAUAUCAUGUGAGAUGAAUUUUGUCAUAAUAGUGUACAUGGAGAGAAAUACUGAGCUAUUUUUUCUCCUGGGUUACAUUUUAUUUCUGUAAAGGGGAAAUGAGUUUUCAUGUGCAGUCAAAUGUCCUCGCUGCAUGAUUGUCACAUGCUGGUCAAAAGGUCAAGUUUGACAGGCAGGGCAUAAGUGGGAUCCGGGGAUUUCGACAGUUUAUAAUACUGUACAUAAAACCAAAUCACGCCAUCUGCUCUUUGAAACCUUCAAAUAUUGCAAAUGUUGAACUAAAUGAGGCACAUUUCUGUUCAGACUCGGUUUAUUGAUUCAGACUAGACAACUUCAAUUCACCUAAGCUGCUCUUUGCUGUUAAAGUAAACAGUUUUCUUAAUCUGUUGGCAGCGCUGACAGAUUAUGUGUGGAACUGUGCAGCAACAUGGAUUCUGGUUGUGAAAACCUAAUAGUUGCUAGCUGCCUGUGUUGUCUGUAGUCGGCUGUGGUCCAUCUUUCUCGAUCCUAUUUUGAGAACAGUUAAUCGUCUAAAGCCAGAUUAAGUACAUAAUAAGCUCUCUGAGCUUUGAUAGCCUUGUUGUUUUAAAUAGCAGCCACUACUGUCAAGCCUCUGCCGAACUCUGCGUGAUCCUCUGAGAUAGGUCACACUCAGGUCUGUCAUGGGUCAACAGUGCUGGUUAAACGUGUAUCGAUCCAUAAUGAGAUGUGUGUGCAGGGGGUUUCCUGCACUGGUGUUCAAAGAUUAAAAACUGUGUGAAAAACCCAA